UCACUACUAAUUCAAACUAGUAGUAGUUUUUUCCUUGGUUAGGACGAUGCUAUGACGGUGUUAACUAUUGUACAAUUAGCACCGUAACUCCUCUUCAGACUUCACCAUCUGUCUUCUAGUCAACUUCCAAGGUUCGGUUCUAUCUACUUCCACCAGGCAAAUCUACUCAGUACUCACAGUACCUAAUCACAGAAAGCUUUUAAUGGCGGCUUCUCCAUUCCCUGCGAACUCACCGCUUCACUUCUCCGCACCGUCCACCGCCGACGUCAGAAAAGCUCACAAUCACCGGCGGCUUGGCUCCAUCUGUGUUACCCAGAAGAGAAACAAUGUCGCUUGCAGAGUGGAGAUUCCUCGUCGAUGGUACAACCUUGUCGCGGAUCUUCCCAUUAAGCCCCCGCCGCCAUUGCAUCCCAAAACUUUCGAACCCAUCAGCCCUCAAGAUUUGUCGCCGCUCUUCCCCGAUGAAUUGAUCAAGCAGGAAGCUUCCACCGACAAGUUCAUCGACAUCCCAGAAGAUGUCGUCGACAUUUAUCGCCUCUGGCGGCCGACUCCUUUGAUCAGAGCAAAGAGAUUGGAGAAGCUUUUGGACACGCCUGCAAAGAUUUACUACAAAUAUGAAGGUGUCAGCCCAGCUGGAUCCCACAAACCGAACACUGCGAUUCCUCAAGUUUACUACAAUGCGAAACAAGGAGUGAAGAAGGUUGUGACGGAGACUGGUGCUGGCCAGUGGGGAAGUUCCCUUGCCUUUGCUUGCAGCCUCUUUGGCCUCGAUUGUGAGGUGUGGCAGGUGCGGGCUUCCUAUGAUCAGAAGCCAUACCGCAGGCUGAUGAUGGAGACAUGGGGAGCAAAGGUGCACCCUUCUCCAUCAACUGCAACAGCCUACGGGAAGAAAAUUCUCGACAUGGAUCCCACGAGUCCAGGAAGUUUAGGAAUAGCAAUCUCAGAAGCUGUGGAAGUUGCAGCAGCAGAUCCAGGGACCAAAUACUGCCUGGGGAGUGUGCUGAAUCAUGUUCUCUUGCACCAGACUGUGAUAGGAGAGGAAUGCCUGAAGCAGAUGGAAGCGAUUGGCGAGACGCCUGAUGUGAUCAUAGGGUGUACAGGUGGAGGGUCUAAUUUUGCAGGCCUGAGUUUCCCCUUCAUCAGGGAGAAGCUGGAAGGGAAGAUGAACCCUUUGAUACGAGCAGUCGAGCCUGCAGCAUGUCCUUCGUUGACGAAAGGGGUUUAUGCUUAUGACUAUGGUGACACAGCUGGGAUGACUCCAUUGAUGAAGAUGCAUACUCUGGGGCAUGACUUCAUUCCUGACCCCAUUCAUGCUGGUGGGUUGAGGUACCAUGGCAUGGGACCUCUGAUAUCUCAUGUAUAUGAACUUGGGUUCAUGGAAGCAAUCUCCAUCACUCAAACCGAGUGCUUCAAAGGUGCCAUACAAUUUGCUAGAAGUGAAGGGCUGAUACCUGCGCCGGAACCAAGUCAUGCGAUCGCAGCCACCAUUAGAGAAGCUCUCCGUUGUAAGGAGUCUGGAGAAGCAAAGGUCAUUCUCAUGGCAAUGUGUGGACAUGGCCAUUUUGAUCUGACAGCAUAUGAGACGUACUUGAAAGGAAGUAUGGUUGAUCUGUCGUUUGACGAUGAGAGAAUACAAGCAUCUUUGGCUAAAAUACCUAAAGUUGUGGCAUGAUCAGCGACAAUCGUAACUUCUACAAAUCUACCUCUUAAGGAGUGAUCUCUUGGUGCAUCCAAGUUUUGUCUAAUAGAGGACUCUGAGAAAACAGCAAGAAACCCAAACAAAUGAUCGAAUAUCAAUAAGGAUAAGGAUGUCGUGAUUCGAUUUGUUAUUUUCUUUUUUAUUCAGUCCAAGAUUCAGAGCAUGGCCAUAGACAUGCAACAGUAGUACAAUUCAGCUUGGAAAGGUAGAUUCCAGUUGGAACGAAAAUGACUUGUGCGAAAUGAGAUGGAAGCAGCGAAAAUGUUCGAAAAGGUCCCCAGGAAGGGCCCAAAACUUUCUAUGUACAGUGAUCAUGUCAAAUGGUUUCUGCCUUGCUAUCUUGAGCUAAUCCGACAGAGAAGAUGCUCGGCUUCUGAAAUCCUGGCGGGUACCCCAAAGGGCUAACUCAUGAGUUUAGUGCAAGAAAUGAUUUAAUGAUACCCAUCAUUUCUCCACCUGGAAAUCGACCAAGACACCCCCUUGCUGCUGCUAUCUCACUGUAUUCGCAAACUGAAUCACCUUGGAAAGCCUUGAGCUGUUGUUCUCCAGAUCUCUCAUUGUGCAAGUCCUUACUAUACUCUUCACCGUGAUCUUUGACGAUUGGAAGAGGAAAUGAGUCGAGAGACGUUUCCAAAACCAUGGAUUCCCCGCCCCUAGCACCCACAAAGUCUUUCAACUUGCAGAUUGCAAAUGGAACUGGUUCAAAGCUAUGAUCACCGUAUUCAACUGGGGUUGAGUGAUCUCCCGUGACACAAAGGUAAUAUUGAAAGUCUCCAGUGCAUUCUGCUUGCCAGAGGAGCUUGGCCAGCUGCCCUAUUGCUUUAUCCACAGCUUCCAAUCCCUUCACUUUGAAAAUGCUCGCUUUAUCAUGUCCUGCAUCAUCUAUUGCCUGAAGAGGGAACAAAGGCAAACAGAAAAAGAGGGAACGUACUGAGAUUCAGCAAGUCAUAUUUGAGAAGCAGACAAAAAAGAAAUUCCAAAAACUAGAAAAUAAGAACAUUUCCAAUCC